CAAAGUUACCAAACACGAAAGAUAUUUUCCUUCUACAUUAAUUUCUAAGCUAAGAGAGGUAGAGGAAUUCUACCCUCGAGGAGAAUUGAAAAGAAAACAGAAGUUCCACAACAAACUUGUCGGCCGCCAUUUUCAGCCGUUUCCAUGACUUCACCAACCUCAUUCCCAGGGUCCUCUCUCUACCUCUACCCUUAGGUAGAGAGAGGACCCUGGGAACAAGGUUACGACUUCACUGGUUAGCCUGGUUACCUGGCCUGGUUACAUAGCCGUUCGAUCACGUGGAGAAACUUUCAAAAUGGCGACUGUCGAAGAAGAAGUUGAGAGUGAAAAAGUUACUUUUGAAUCCCUGGGUGUGGUGGAUGUUCUCUGCGAAGCAUGCCAGCAACUUGGUUGGAAGUCGCCAACAAAAAUUCAAAGGGAAGCUAUCCCGGUCGCUUUGCAAGGCAAAGAUAUUAUUGGUUUAGCUGAAACAGGUUCAGGGAAGACAGGAGCUUUUGCUUUGCCAGUUCUUCAAACAUUACUUGAAAAUCCACAGAGACUAUAUGCACUUAUUCUUACACCAACAAGGUCUGUUUAUUUGAUUUGCUAAAGAUCUAAUAAAUUUUGAGAGACUUAUUCUACCUGUCACCUCAAUGUAUUAAGAUCACCAAGUUCUUAAUACAGUCUUCCAAAGGUGAUGAUGGUAAUGAUAGCACAUUUACGACAAACUGAAAUGUACAGGUUCAAGUGUAAAGUAGGUUUGAAAAACUCAAGCCAGAAAACAUGCAGGGACAGAACUCAGACCGGAUCAGAUCAGGUUUCUGACUUAAAUAAGAAUGACAACUAUUCUAGAGCAAGGCAUAAACAAAAGUGGCCAUUUUUAAUUAGAUCAGCAAUCCAAGUUGAUCCUGUCUGAGUUUCGUACACGUGCAUGCCAAAGGAGGGGAUUUCACCAGCAUGCAUUGCCAUCUUUCCUCUUUG